CAGCCAUCCUGACGUUAGCGUAAAAUUUAGAAAACAAUUCUCCCAGAUAUCCACUUUAGAUUCUGCCGCCGCCAUGAAAGAUGUUAGCGGGUUCCUCAAACAGCAGCAGAGCAGCAGCUCCACGCCGGAGAUGGCGGCGGAGUGGCACGGCCUGGAGGACUUAUACAGCAAAAGAUUGUGGCAUCAGUUGACGCUGAAGCUGACCGACUUUGUCAAAGAGCCCUGCUUUAAAACGGGAGAUGGCCUCAUACAGCUUUACGAGAACUUCAUCAGUGACUUUGAACACAGAAUCAACCCUCUCUCGCUGGUUGAGAUCAUCCUCUACGUCGCCAGGCAGAUGUCAGACCCGAAAGACGCCAUCACGUUCCUGGAGAAGACCAAAGAAAAGGUGAAGAGCAGUGAGGAGGCCGUCAUCCUCUGUAAGACCUCCAUCGGCAGCCUGAAGCUGGAGAUCAACGAUCUUCCCGCCACAAAGAAAAUCAUCGAGGAGGUGGAGGAGAUCCUGAACAACCUCCCGGGCGUGACCUCGGUCCACGGCCGCUUCUACGACCUCUCCAGCAAAUACUACCGCAUCAUCGGGAACCACGCCUCCUACUACAAGGACGCGCUGCGCUACCUGGGCUGCGUGGACAUCAAAGACCUGCCAGAGACGGAGAAGCAGGAGCGGGCCUUCACGCUGGGGCUGGCCGGGCUGCUGGGGGAGGGCGUCUACAACUUUGGAGAGCUGCUCAUGCAUCCGGUUCUGGAGUCCCUGAGGAACACCGACAAGCAGUGGCUCAUCGACACGCUCUACGCCUUCAACGGGGGAAACGUGGAGAAGUUCCAGGGCUUCAAGUCGGCCUGGGGCCAGCAGCCCGACCUCGCCACCCACGAAGCCAAGCUGAUGCAGAAGAUCCAGCUGCUGUGCGUGAUGGAGAUGACAUUCACCCGGCCGGCCAAUCACAGACAGCUCACCUUCACCGAGAUCUCUCAGAGCGCCAAGAUCCCCGUUAACGAGGUGGAGCUGCUGGUGAUGAAGGCCCUGUCCGUGGGCCUCAUCAAGGGGAACAUCGACGAGGUGGACCAGAAGGUGCAGAUGACCUGGGUCCAGCCCCGGGUCCUGGACCUGCAGCAGAUCAAAGGCAUGAAGGAGCGCCUGGACUUCUGGUGCGGGGACGUUAAAAACAUGGCCAUGUUGGUGGAGCAGCAGGCCCACGACAUCCUCACCUGAAAACCUGUUCUACCUUCUGGAUCCCCCCCCCCACGUUUAUUACCGUUUACCAACCGAACGUCCCUCUGUAAAGAAAAUAAAAUGAGUUCUGUACAAAAAUCCA